AUGUUUAUUCAAUCUCAAGACACACCAGAUUCAAAUAGUUUGAAAUUUCUGCCUGGUCGAUCAGUUCUCGACACAAAUCUCGGCACGCGAGAUUUCCCAAACAUUCAAUCAGCUUUCAUUUCACCACUCAUAAAACAAUUGUUUCGUAUCGAAGGUGUUAAAUCCGUCUUUCUGGGCUCAGAUUUUAUCACACGAUUAUGGAUUUUUUUCUCAACAAAUCUUCCAGUGAUCGAUGACGAUGCCCAACAGCCUCCAAAUAGUACUCUUGAAUGUGUUUCACCCGAUAAUGAUGAUACAACAACUGCGAUGAUCAAAGAAUUGUUGGACACGCGAAUACGACCAACUGUUCAAGAAGAUGGUGGAGAUAUCACUUUUGUGGUGAAAUAUUUUGAGACAGACAAUCUUCGUUGCAUUUGA